CGGCCAGCUAACCAGCCACACUCUCGGCCCCUUCCAUCAUCACACGAGCCUAGCAUCACCGAACCAACCUAGCUACAUCGCUUCCAAGUACAAGACUUUAAGGUUUCAAGCUUCAAUCAACCAAGAUGUCGAAGCCAAAGCUUGACUUUCCUAUACUUGACUCAACUGGCUCGGAAUAUCAUAGUUGGGUCACAGAUGUUGAGAACCACCUCACUUCAAAAGGGAUCCUACCCGUAAUUCAAGCACCAAAUCCCGACCUCAUAUUUGAGCGUACGGCUACAAAUAAUGCCACCGCUCUCAUCUUGAUGAGACGCCACAUGGAUAAAUCACUCCGAUUGGAGUACAUGGCAAUCAAGGAUGCUAGGGAAUUGUGGGUUGCGCUAGAAGAGCGUUUUGGUAAUAUUCAGGAUACCCUCCUCCCCGACUUGAAAGUUCGAUGGGGCAAUCUACGAUUCGCCGACUUCAAGUCUGUAGCUGAAUAUAAUUCAGAAGUUCUACGCCUCAAAACCAUGUUGGGGUUCUGUGGACAACCUGUCACAGAGCAAGAACUAAUUGAGAAAACUCUCUCCACCUUCCCCGUCUCAGCUAUUUUGCUAUCAAAGCAAUAUCGAACCGAAUUCAAUACUGGACGGAUCACGAGGUUUCAUCAGCUAAUUAAUAUCAUGUCUGUAGCUGAAAAACAUGAUAAUAUCCUCGUGAGGAAUUAUAAUUCAAGGCCAAUAGGAACUAAGAGCGUUCAAGAGGCGAAUUAUAAUCAUGCACCCAAAGGAGGGCGCAAGGAGCGGAACCCUAAAAAUAAGGGACACAACGGACGUUUUGGUCCAUAUAACCGCCCUACAAAGGAAGGUAAUCGUCAGAAUGAAGGACGAACACGUGGCAAUACAUGGCAACGUGGGAGAGGAGGCCGUGGGGCUCCAGGACGUGGAGGAGCCGCCCAAGGCCGUGGGAAUGGCGCCAACCCCACUAGGGGACGCCACCCAAGUGCAAAUAAUGCACCUCAAUUAAGGGGAGGAAAUCACAAUGACAUGUGUCAUCGAUGUGGAUCAAGUGAGCAUUGGUUCAAGCAAUGCAAUGCAAGCAAACAAUUAGCUGCGCAUUACAGGGCAUAUAGAGACUUUAGAGAGCAUGAAGCCAAUCUUGCCGAAGAAGAAGAAGAUGGUGAUGAUGCCAACGUCAAUCUCACCAUAGCGGACUUCAAAUCUGACAAAGAAUUGCACAAGGAUGCUGCAGAUUUUGAUUAGUUUAGUCCUUAUUUUUAUAUCCAAGAAUUAUGUAAUGGCAAUAUGCCUUAGUCAAUAAAAGACAUUUGGUAUUAAUUCUAUCUUAUGUGGCGCAUCUAAUUAAAUAUGAUGUCUAGGAAAGUAAUUAAGAUUAGUGGUACUUAAGAGAGCUUUGCUCCACCGACAUCUUUCUCUACUUCC